AUGAACCCGCUCUUCGGCCCCAACCUCUUCCUCCUGCCGCAGGAGCAGCAGGGGCUGCCGGGUUCCGAGCUGCCGCCGCCGCCCUCCCCGCGGCCCGCCGAGCCCCUUGGGGGGGACCUGGGCGCCCCGCCGACCGCCGGCCCCUUCCCGGCGCCCCCCGCCGCCAUGGCCCUCCGCAACGACUUGGGCUCCAACAUCAGCGUCCUGAAGACGCUGAACCUGCGGUUCCGAUGCUUCCUGGCCAAGGUCCACGAGUUGGAGCGGCGCAACCGGCAGCUGGAGAAGCAGCUGCAGCAGGCGCUGGAGGAGGGGGGGAGCCGGGGCCGCGGACCCCCGCGCCGCGACCAGGCGGUGCAGACCGGCUUCGUUGGCCCCAUCCGCACCCUGGGUCUGGGGCUUGGCCUGGGGCUGGGUCCGACCCGGGCGCUGGGUUCCCCCGGCUGCCGCCCCGGCGCCCCCUCACAGCUGCCUCCUCCCUUCCCGACCGCUUCCCGCUUCAUGCCCGGCACCAUCUGGUCCUUCUCGCAAGCCCGGCGGCUGGGUCCAGGACCGGAGACUACCCUAGUGCAGGGACCGGGCGUCUCUUGGGUGCACCCAGACGGGGUGGGAGUGCAGAUCGACACCAUCACCCCGGAGAUCCGGGCCCUCUACAACGUGCUGGCCAAGGUGAAGAGGGAGCGCGACGAAUACAAGCGCAGAUGGGAAGAGGAGUAUACAGUACGUCUGCCCUAUGUUGAUGCUGAUUUGCACAUCUCCCUCUGCCCGGAGCAGGAAGCCCAGGAAGCUGAAGCCUGCCAGGAGGAGCUGGCCAUGAAGGUGGAGCAGCUCAAGGCAGAGCUUGUUGUCUUCAAGGGACUGAUGAGCAAUAACAUCACAGAGCUGGACACCAAGAUCCAGGAGAAGGCCAUGAAGGUGGACAUGGACAUCUGCCGGCGCAUUGACAUCACUGCCAAGCUGUGUGACGUGGCACAGCAGCGGAACUGUGAGGACAUGAUUAAGAUGUUUCAGGUCCCAGCCUCGGUGGGGCGGAAGCGGGAGCGCAAGCAGGUCAGUGAUGAAGACACCUCCCUGUCAGAGAGCGAUGCCUCCCGAAAACCUGAAGAGGAGGAGGAGGACGAGACCACGGCCAUGAGUAUCAACGAGGAAAUGCAGAGGAUGCUGAACCAGCUGAGGGAAUAUGACUUUGAGGAUGACUGUGACAGCCUCACGUGGGAGGAGACAGAAGAAACACUGCUCCUCUGGGAGGACUUCUCUGGAUACGCCAUUGCAGCCGCAGAGGUGCAGGGGGAGCAGGAUGACAGCCUGGAAAAGGUGAUCAAGGACACAGAGUCGCUUUUCAAGAGCCGUGAAAAGGAGUACCAGGAAACCAUUGACCAAAUAGAGCUGGAGCUGGCCACAGCCAAAAAUGACAUGAACCGGCACCUGCACGAGUACAUGGAAAUGUGCAGCAUGAAGCGAGGCUUGGAUGUGCAGAUGGAGACUUGCCGGAGGCUCAUCACCCAGUCUGGGGACAGAAAGUCUCCUGCCUUCACCCCGACCUCCAACAGCGAGUCAGCCCCGAACGAGGAGAGCGAGGAGUCAGACCGCGACCCCCCCAGUGAUGCUUCCAUCAGAUAAUGAGGGGAGGCCCCACUCCCUCAGACCCCCUUCCUGGCAUGGGGGUGCCUGAGCUGCACCUGGGAGAGACUGUCAGGGAUGUGGAGCCAACGGUAAACAUCUAUUGCCCAGGCUCGCUCCCGUUUUGGGGUGCUUGGCAGAUCCCACAGCCCCCACCACCGAUAUCACGCCAAUGGGAAUAGCUAGAUAGACCUGAGGGCCCUCACUGGGGCCGCUCAGCUUCCAGCCCCUUCUCUAUUCCCUUUCCCUGCUUUGGUUAAACUGUGGUUCGGGCAGGGAGGCACCAAACCUGCCAUGGUGGCGUUCUCCAGGACCUGUCCCCAGGGCCCCCCAGACCCACCUCCUCCGUCCUCUGUCCUGGUACGCUUGACCUGCCCCCUGUCCUCCCUGCACCAUGUGGAGCCAAACAAGAGCUGUACCUCCCUGCAAACUGGACCUGACACUGGUGCCAACUGGACCGAGCCUGGGGCUCUCUCUGUCCUUGCUGCUGGUUGGGUGCUUGGCUGGUCCCUGUGCCACGCCGGGCACCCCAAGACCCCUCCUCUGGGUUGGGGACUGAGUCCCGCUCACUGUGCACUUUGCUUUACCGUGUGCCGGCGGUGCGCUGGCGUCUGUGUUACGGGGGCAAGGGGUCAUUAAAUGGGACAAUUUCCUUUUCUA